GAGAAAUGUCAAAAUCAAACGCUCGAAAAUGUGAAUUGAAAGUAACUUAUGAUUUACCAUGGAGUGGACAUGAACUUUUGUGACAGCUAAUAAAUGGUUAUUUUAUUGUGUCACUAAGUGUGUACUAAGCUAUUGCUAGAGUUUUAAAGAUGUUAAAGUCAAAAACAGUUCAGUUGCAGAGCUGGUGCCUUGGAAUAUAUUAUUUUUAGAGUAAUUUCCUGUUUUUAGCUUGGAAAAAAAAUUUGGUGGAUUAAGAUGAAAGUAAAUGGUGAAAUGAUGCUUAAUUCAAAAACAGGAAAGUUAAAACGUUCUCGGACGUUGAAUACAGAAUGGUAUUCAGAACCAGUAGCACCUUUACCGUCGCAAAAUGUUGCAAGUAAUAAUGGAGAUAUUCAGAAUGAAAUUGAGGAACAGUCAACGCAACGUCGAGUUCCUGGACCAUCUUGCAAGGCUCUCAAACACGCAGUUACAGCUCUAAGUAGACUUGAUGACUUUAUUUGUGAAAAACUGGGAGAAGGAUUUUUUGCAGAGGUUUUUAAAGUUACUCACAGAGCCACUGGUGCAGUUCAGGUUUUGAAGAUGAACAAGAUACAAGACAACAAACCCAACGUUCUGAGAGAGUUACAGCUAAUGAAUAGACUGUCACAUAAGAAUAUUCUGAGAUUUAUGGGUGUGUGUGUUCAUGAGGGACAGCUGCAUGCCCUUACAGAGUACAUCAACAAUGGUGACCUGGAACAGUUGCUGGCCAACCAUUCUGUAGAGUUACCAUGGACGACACGGGUAUAUAUUGCUCAAAAUAUUGCUGCUGGUAUGGCAUAUCUUCAUGAACAAAGGGGAAUAAUGCACAGAGAUUUAACUUCAAAGAAUGUGUUGAUACGAGAAGAAAAAGACGGAUCAUAUACCGCUAUUGUUGCAGAUUUUGGACUGUCGGCAAAGAUCCCCGAUCCUUUGAGCAAGAAGCAGUUAUCUCCAGCCGGUUCCCCUUUCUGGAUGGCUCCCGAGGUAAUCACUGGACAAAUCUACAACGAAAUGGCUGAUGUGUUUUCCUAUGGAAUCAUUUGUUGCGAGAUUACAGCAAGAGUCACCUCAGAUCCAGAUGUAUUGCCAAGAACUAAUAACUUUGGUAUCGACUAUAAGGCAUUCAGUGAACUGGUUAACUACUGCCCUCUAGAUUUUCUUCGUUUGGCCUUCAGAUGUGGUCAGGUUGAUCCUAGCAAGAGACCACGGUUUACAGAGGCCGAAAUUUCCACACAACAAAUCUACGAGAAUCUCAAAAAUGAUAACGUCAGUCACCUGAGUAUGGAACGAAGGAAUUCUCUUGACAUUUCCACCUACAAAAGGUCAAGGUCAGAGGAUAACAUACUUCAGGUUAAUGAUGAUGAUUUUGACGAGAGUGAAUAUGAUAGAAGUGAUGAGUGCAAGGACACUAAAGUGACACCUGUUCUUAUUGGUGAAGCUAUGAGCCGAGAUGAUCCUUUUUAUGAACCUUCAAUAUCUAAUCCGUUUGCCGAUAUGGCAGGAUUUAGGGAAGGGCGUAAAAUUCUUGGUAAAUCAUUUGGUGAUGUUGACUCCAUGAUGUUUGAGUUACCAUCACCGUCAUCACCCACAACCCCGCCAUGCACGCCAAAUGUGACGUCGGCGUCUUCUACAUCGAAAAAAUCUUCGAUUCAGUGGCGGCAAAAGAGUCAGUCGCUGCCAUCGUCGCCAGUUUUGUUACGUAAGGCAGCAGAAAGACUUCACCAGGAAUCAAUUCACGGCUCAAAUUGUAAAAAAUCACUUAAUCAAAACAGAUACUCUUUCUCAGCAUAUAGUACGAGGUCAAAAAGUGUGUUCUUUCCGGAAGCUGUUGCACAAAGACUUCAGUUUGAAAUGUUCGAUACAGGAAGUCCGUAUAAUAGUCGCUCACGAGAAGGAUCAGUAGAAAGUGAUAGUACUUAUAAUUACAUGAACACAUACCCAAUCAACAGGAUCAGACGACAUUCUAAUCUAGACAAUUCUGGCGGCCGCCGAAAUGACACUAACUCAUCGUUAUCAAGUAGUUAUCUUAGUUCUCGGCAAGAAUCAAUAGACGAGACUGGUGAUAACGAAAUAACUUACUCUAAAUCUAACUCAGUGUAUCCAAGUUUAUCAUAUGCACCCGAAUGUGCCAAAACAGAGCAAACUUUUAUGAACAACAACCAUUUACAUAGCACGCCAGAUGCCAAAGUGUCGUUUGAAGUGACUUUUGAUGAUCCAAGUAGCCCAGACAACGAAAUUGUCGAUCCCUGGAGUAUGAGACGAGAAACUCUUCAAAAGACUGCCAUUAUAGAAGAAACAGCUUGUGGUAGUGAAAUAAUGGAAACGUCUGUGUAACGAACCAGUCUGUAAAAUAUGAACGCAGAAAUUCAGUCUGCAAUAAAUGAAACAAAACUGUAGCAGAAAAGAAGUCUGCAGUUAAAGUGACAUGAAACUGGUCUGUUUUAGCAAAUCAGGUCAUUUGUUAGGGGUAAAAUAGAAAACUGGUCUCAAAUGAAGAGAAACUUAGUCUUGAAAACAGUCUAUUUUUUUUGUUGUUAAAUAAGCCCAGUCUGUAAAAAUUAAAAUUUUACUAAAAGGGAACUCAGUUUACAGUAAUCAAAAUUUCAAUCAGAAAACCAUUUAAGUUUUUUAAAUGUUACCAAUCUACAAAAGUAGUAGCAGCAAAAAAAAAAGAAUUCCGUUGGCUGUUAAAGAAACAUAUGAGUUUACAAGAUAUUUUCACAUCAGUGAAAUUAUUAGUUAUGGUUCACCUGUGUUGUAUUUUGUGCAACUUUUGGUACUGAAUUGAAAAUGUCUAUUUUGUAAAAAAAUUUGAGUCAAGAGUUCUUAAUGAUGUGAUAACGUAUUGUUCCUGGUUUACACGAUGAUUGUGUUUGCACAUUGACUGUAUAGAGGAAUUGUUUACAUAUAUUGUGCCAAGAACUGAUGACCAGUAUGUUCAGUUGUUCAGCACAGGGAA